AUGGAAAACCAGUUAUCUUAUGCUAGUUUAAUACCACAUGUGAGAAUAAUGAGAAUGCUAGGUUUUUACCAAUUAGAUACGAAAGCACCAAAGGUGUAUCGAAUCAUGCAUUACAUUUAUAUGCGUUUGAUUCUUUCAUUAUUUGUAUUGUAUUGUAUUCAGCAAUUUUUGAAACUCUUGGAAGUGCGUGACGAUGCCGACAAAGUAAUGAGUACAAUGUUUUUAUUUUUAACAUACACUGACUGUAUCUUUAAAGCCGUCGUUGUAAUGAUGAAAACAGAUGAAAUCGAAGAGCUUUUUGAUGUUAUGAAAGGAUCUCUAUAUAAUCAAGGUGAUCCCGAACAUCGACCAAUCUUACUAGAAGCUGGAAGACAGGCACUUAUUGUUCUGCGAACGUUUAACUACAUGUGUAUUAUUACCUGUUGUCUUUGGGUUCUACAUCCAACCAUAAAGCACAUUCAAGGAAAAAUAAUUGAAUUUCCAGUAUGGCUGCCGUUUGAAUACAACUCAAACCCACGAUACUACUUCGCUGCUCUUUACAUUAUUACUCAGACAACGUGGGAGGGCUACGCGAAUAGUACGAUUGAUGUCCUUAUAGUCUUUUUAUUGGUGCAGUGUAAAGCACAGAUAUCUAUUAUCAGAGUAGAACUCCAAAGCCUAGUGUUGAGAAGUCAAGAGGAAGCAAUGGAAUUAUCCAGCGAUUUCGUCUCUAUUGCUGAGAGACGUAUUAAGAAAAUAUUAAUACAUCACAGUCAAAUUGUGAAAAUGGCCGAAAAGAUUCAAGAUAUAUUUGGUUAUGCUGUCUUUUAUCAGCUAUUGGUAGCGGGCUGGAUACUAUGCACAUCGGCUUAUAGAAUGGCCAGUGUUACACCCGUAUCCGUGGAGUUUUUGUCUAUGCUGAUGUACAUAAGUUGUAUCUUAUUACAAGUAUUCAUUUACUGUUAUUUUGGAAGUGAAGUUACAUAUGAGAGUGAAAUAUUAACGGGAUCUGUGUACUCUAUGAACUGGCUGGAUUUACCAGUAAAACUACGACGGACCAUUAUCAUUUUCAUGGAGAGAAUCAAACGUCCCAUUACACCAAUGGCUUGUUACAUUGUACCAUUUUCCAAUGCCACAUUCGUAUCGAUUGUACGAAGUUCUUAUACUUUUUACGCAUUUUUGAAGAACUCAAACUAG